AUGAACAACAGCAAUAAUAACCAAGACGCUCAAUCGUUUCUCUCUGUCCCAAGUGACAGUGCGGAACAAUUCCCAUUAUUAUCUCCUCAACGUUCAAAUUCUCCACUAUCAAUCAUGAGUGAUCAAUUAAAUCCUCAACCAAUUCAACAAUCAAAUACUGGAACAAGUAAUCUAGGAAGCUUUAGAUCAAGAACUAGAGCUGGAACCCUGCCCUCAAGAUUCAAUGCAAAUUCAUUAGCUCCACCAACUUCAAAUGCUUCUUCAUCAAACUCUGCAAUUUCUCCAAAUUUCAAUGCUUAUGAUCCAAAUUCUUUGAACAUAGAAACUUUAUCAAUUUCAAACUCAACAAAUGGCUCUAACUUUGCUAAUGGAACUCAAACUGGGCGCCCAAGAUUACGUUCUGGAUCUUUAUUAGGAUUAUCUGAGUCAAACUCAAUCUGGAGUACUGAUCAACAACCAAUAUCUUCUGCAACAAGUACAAAUCAAACAGCUCCAGCAUUGAGUACUGUGAACUUCAUGAGUGACAGAAGCUCACCAACUGGUGCUAUCAACAACCAAUCAAGGUUGUCAAUUUCUCCAACGAAAACUCAAUUUCAAAAUGCCCCAGUAUUAGAUGAUUCACUAAAUAGAGUUGACGUUAAUAGAGCAAGAGCUUAUUCAACAAAUAAUGCGUUGAUUAAUGAUUCAUCUACAGAUUUUUAUCUACAAAAUUUUUUAACUUUGGAUGAAGAAAAAUCAUAUCAAUCACCUAAUCAACAAACUCAACAAAAUAAUCAAAUUAUUCAAGAUCCUCAGCAACAAAUCCAACAACAACAAAUUUUACCCCAGCAACAACAACAUCAAGGGUUUGGUAACAGACCAAGAGCUCAAACUUAUCAAAAUGGUGCUGAUGCUUCUUUACCAAUUCAAUAUAAUUUUGCCUCAAAUUCAAUUUUUGAAACUCCAGAAUAUGAAAAGUCACAGUCUCAUAUUGCUCAACACUCAUUUUUGAAAGAUCAACCAUUAUUAUUGGAUGAUAUUGAUCCAAGAUUUUUAAAUUGUACUUCAACUUAUCAAGAUCCUUCACUAGGUCCAACAAAUACUUUAUUCUUAUCAAACUUACCACCACAAGCAGUUUCUCCUUUAUCUUUAGCCAACUUGCUGAUUAAAUUUGGUAAAUUAUCAAGUGUUCGUAUUUUAAAAGGUAAUGAAAAUGCUAUUGUUGAAUUUGAAAAUAUCGAUUCUGCAAUGCAAGCUAAGGCUCAAUUGAAUCAUCAAGAAUUAAUGCCAGGUUUUGCAUGUUUAGUUGGUUUUGCUAAAUUAUUACCAGCUACUCAAAUUCAACCAACUGUUGGUUUAAAUGACGGAUCUCCAGGAUCUUUAUCAAGUCAGCCAUCUCAAGAAUUCAAUUUACAACAACAACAGCCAAAUCAACAAUCUCAAAAUCAAUCACAACAAUCAUUUGUACCACAAAUUCUUGUUCAACAAGAAGAUCACGCAUAUUCUGCACCUGUUACUAUCAAUGAGGAACCACAAACUUUGGAACAUAUGGUCAAGGAUCUAUACCAAGCUGUUAAAAAGUUAGGCAUUGCUGAAAAUUCUGGUACCAUUCAAAGUAUUGUUAAUAGAUCAUUAGAUUACGAAGGGUUUAGUAAUGAUUUUGGUCCUUUACCAGAACCAUUGCCAAUUAGAGAAUAUGAUGCACCAAAACUAAGAGAAACCAGAAAGUUGAUUGAUUCAAACUCAUUAACCCAAUUUGAUAUCGAAGAAUUAUCAAUUGCGAUGUUGGAUGAAUUACCAGAAUUAUCAAGUGAUUAUCUUGGUAAUACAAUUGUUCAAAAAUUGUUUGAAUUCUCAUCAGAAUCUAUCAAAUGUAUUAUGCUAAAAGAAGUUGCUCCUUUCUUAGCACAAAUGGGUAUUCAUAAAAACGGUACUUGGUCUGCUCAAAAAAUGAUUACAGUUGCUGAUACACCAAUUCAAAAACGUAUUGUCGCAGAAAGUUUGAAACCAUAUUGCGUUCCAUUAUUGAAUGAUCAAUUUGGUAAUUAUGUGAUUCAAUGCUCAUUAAAAUUUGGUUCUCCUUGGAAUGAUUUUAUUUUUGAAGUAAUUUUAGCCAGAUUUUGGGAAAUUGCCCAAAAUAGAUUUGGUGCUAGAGCCGUCAGAGCUUGUCUGGAAAGUCAUGAAGCUACGGUUGAGCAAACCGCAUUGAUUUCUGCAGCUAUUAUUUUACAUGCUGAGCAUUUGGCCAUUAAUCAAAAUGCUGCUUUAUUGAUAACUUGGUUUUUGGAUACUUGUACUUUACCAAACAGACAUGUUUUAUUAGCACCAAGAUUGAUUCCUCAUUUAGCUCAGUUAUGCACCCAUAAACUAGCAAGCUUAACUGUUUUGAAGAUUUUAAAUCAUCGUGGUGAAAAUGAUGCUAAGGGAUUAAUUCUAAAUGCCAUUUUUGGUGUUCAAGAUGGUAAUACACAAGAUGAAAGUUCUUCAAGACCUCCUGAGACUUUAGAACAAAUUUUACAUGAUAAUGUUCACGGUGCUACUUUUAUCUUCAAAGUUAUUUCAAAUCCAUUAUUAGAAUCAGAUACUCGCCAACAUGUUAUUUCUCAAGUUAGAAGAGUCUUAUUAGAGUUGAAUGUCAGCUCAUAUCAAGGUUACAAGAGAUUAAUGGAUGAAGUUGGAUUAUCAAACAGAGGUGAUAAUAACCGCCACAACAGAACACAUUCAAAUGGUGGUUCAAAUGGACGUAAAAAUAGACAAAAUAAAUCAUCACCACAAGGGAUAUACAACAGACGUUCAACACCAAACGGAGGAUUUAGAAAUCAACAGUUACCACCCUCAUUAAUUUCACCAUCACAACCACAACAAUACUUACCACAACAAGGGUUUUAUGAAGAUCCACAACAACAACCAAUUAUGAAUGAUUACCAAAAUCAAUUUUAUUCAUCACAAAUUGUUCCACCUCUACCACAAGCACAAGUCCCAUUUAAUGGAUUUUACAAUGGUGACAACUUAGGAUCAUUCGAUCCUCAACCAAAACAAGUGAGAGCUCCUUUACAACAGCCAUCGGGAUUUGAAGAUCCAUUUGUUGCAAACCCAUAUAAUAAUGGACCAAAUGAUAGAAAUAUAUACCAGCAACAACCUCAGUAUGGUUAUGGAGCAGCUCAAUUUUAA